UACAGAUGAUGCGGAACAGUAGUACUAGCCAGCUUGUGCACGAGCGACGCGGACGUGUUGUCGCGUGUGGUCGUUUGAGUGCAUAUAUGUUUUGCAUUCUUUUGCCAUUCCCGCCUGUACAUGUACCAUAUUUUUGGAAAAUCAAAUGAUCGCAAAUUUUUGGAAGCCAAGUCAGUGCCGCUAGAAGCAACAACAUCGGGAGCGGCUCGCGGGACGAUGUCGAUGCCCUAGUGCCUCUGCGCUCUUUCCCUUCCAGCGCGUUGCCCGUUUCGACCGCCACGACUAGCAUAAGCGCUCUCAGCACCCACCUUGCGUCAGUGCAGAAAUCGCACCCGUGCAGCUACUGAUUUUUUCAAACUUCUGCAAUGGAUGCUUCCGUUCGGUGAGACGAGGUUCAAUUGCGACACGUCACCGUUGCCUGACAGAAAGAACAAAGGGGGCGAUAAGUAAACAACUGCUGCACAACCUCCGUCGCCGACCGACAACAGAGCGAGAGCGCACCACCACCACACAAUCGAGACCCAGCACGUGCAGUUCGUCCAUAAUGGCCUCUGCAUUCUCACCCCCGCCGCCCGCGGCGCCUCAGAACAACCACACCUCAGCCCGCAACUCCACGUCUUCCCGGAAAAGUCUCGUCGUGGGGGACCGGGUGCAUGCGAAGUGGACCCAAAACGGCUCCUACUAUGAAAUGCAAUAAGCGUCGCACUCGUACAGGAGAUGGCAUUUGCAAUCAUGCAUGACAAGUGAAAUACGAAAUUGUCUUUAUUCCCGAGCUGUACACGCAUUUUAAAUUCUACGUUUCCUCUUCUUGCGCAAAUUUGUGGUGUGAUUUGUACUAAGUACGAAACUUUUGCAAUGCAUACCUACUACCCAGCGGUGAUUCGGGAGCUGAAAGGCGGGGAAGUCGUGGUGGAUUGGGACGAUGGGGACACGGUAGACCGCGUUAUCGCGCUUUCCGACGUUUCCAAGAUCGAGGACGCACGACCCUAUCCCAGGCACCAAAUAGAGGACGCGGCCUUUGUCCAAGACCUACCAAACAAAGGUUUAUUGCCCUUCUUGUCCUAGUUUUUCCGUCACUCGUGUGGCAUUGAAGAUCAAGAUGUCCUACUUGCAGCAUUGAGACUAACAGCGCCUCCAUGAUUCUCGAAUGUUGCUUGUUUGCGAGGUGUGUAACAAGCGCCAACUCUAACUAUUUCACCGCCGACUUCAAAUCGAACCAUAUACAACAAGGUCGCUGUCUCUUCACCCGCUACGCGCUCCGCUCGGGGGAAGUCAUUUUUUGCGAGGCGGCGACGCUGGUCGCGAUCGAAAGCAGGCACCAAGGUUUGUGGGACGCCUUGAAGUCCUUACACGAGGAAGAACAGUUUGAGCUCGGCACCUGGACCUUCGCCUACGCAGCAUUGCUCAGCCUGCUAGAGCUCGGCUCAUCGGACUUGCAGGUAAGGCAGAAGGGAAAUAACUUGUGGGCGAGGGCGAGAGCGUGGACGUGAUGCGUAAUGCUAAUGCUGCUGCAAGAACCGCAACACCGUCUGUCAGCAUGCUAGUUCUACUGCAAUUCAUGUAUAAAUAUCCAUCGUGAUCGGUUCGGCAUCGGCAUGUGCUGCUUGUUGGACUCAUACACAAAUGCUAUGCAGGUCGUCCAAGACAAAUUCGUUCCGGAUGAGGAGAAAGAGGUCGUGGGCGCGGACGUGCACCGGAUUUUCAACAAGCUCGGGUUUCCCCAGAAUUUUGUCGCGGUCAAGAGCGUGAUGCCUGCCGACACGUCGGCCGUGUUUCCCUCCGGCAAGAAGUUCACCAAAACGCUCUUGCAAACGCUGAUCAACGUAUGCAUUGCAAAAGUACCGUACUAGUAUAAAUCGCAUGACAAAUUAGCUGAGCAUGAGAAACGCAAUUUGUCAUGCCGAUUUGCCUUGGGAUGGAGAUUUGUAAUGCAUGACUCCGAUUACUACGAAUACGAUACUUUUGCACAGGAUACAACGCCUGGCGGUACAACAGUUUCGGGCACCACACGGAGGACGGACUCGUUCUGUACAACCGGAUCAGCAUGUGUGCGCACUCCUGCGACCCGUCCUGCUGUUGGACGUAUGGGGAUGACGACUCCUUCGUGCUGCGGGCCCGGGUGGCCUUGGAAGCGGGCUCCGAACUCACCAUCAGCUAUCUUCAGGUAUACAGGGCGGAGCCAGCGCUGCGCAUCGCAGCGCUCGCAUCGAAACUUGAUUUUGAUGAUGCUUCUAGCCUUACGAAUCCAUGACUUCUUCCUAGUAGAAAAAGCCCCACAACUACUUCCUCUCUUCAGGACGAAGACCUAUUGAAGAGCACAGACGUCCGGCGCGAAAAGCUCGAGAACUGGAAGUUCACCUGCGGUUGCACGCGGUGCAACCUGAAAGUGGACGUUAGCCGCGGCUACCGGUGCCUGCGGUGCCGCGCGGGGGCGCACUACUACAAGGAGAACUACAACCCGUCCGAGACGGAGCAGAUUCGCAAGCAGUACACGAAGAACGAGGAGGAAAUGCGGUUCCAAGCCACGUCGUCCAGCAGUAGUCCGAAGUGCAAGAACGUAAAUUUACAGGAGAAGGAGAAGGACCACAAGCUGUUCACGUGGAAUGUUCCGCGGGUGAAAACGGCCGUCGGGGAGAGCACCAACUUCACCGGGUUUGGCCGGCAGAGCCAGCAGCUGCUCUACCAGGACGUGUGCUCUGAGUCGACGCGGUCCGCGUCCUCCUCGUCCUCCUCCUCGUCGGCCAGCAGCAGCUUAUGAGAGUGCACAGCUCCCCCUCCCCGUCCCCCUUAUUUGUGAUGCAAAAUCCCAUAUCCAAGCGCUGCCUUGUCGCACCGUUUCCACCAUGACAGAUUCUGGAAGCCUACAAAGUACUACACUAGCUACGCGCAUGAACUUGUCAUGCGCAGGCUCCAUGUGCACUGGUGUUUCUAUUGCAGCUCAUGCAACACAAAUGAGGGGGAGGGGUAGUACUUGUGCACCUUCAUACAGCUCCGCGCUCCUCCACGGCCGAAUCGUGGGGUCGGACCCGGCUAUCAAAUGCAAAAAUAUCUGGGUCUGGAAGGUUGGAGCUUGUGAUGCGAGCUUUGGACUCAAAAAAAAUCUGUAUUGCAUGAUCAGCAGGAGGAGUCUAGUUUGUGCUACGCGGGGAGGGCCUUGGUCAUGCGGAAUAGGCACCAGGAAGCCCUCUAAAAAUCUGUGAUGCUAGGUCAUACAUUACAGACAUCCUGGGUCAUGCAAAAUAUGCAUGACAAACCCGGCAACACUCCAGACCCAGGCAUUUUUGCAUUUGAUACCGGCCGGCAAACGGCAAAACCCGAGCGCCGCGUCCCCCACCGCGCGCAGCAAGAGCGGCCAGAAAUCGCCCGUGAAAAUCAGCCGCACGGACAAAUCACCGGGAGGAACAAGUGGGUCCUCCAAUCGCCGGAGCAGUGGCGUGAGGGAGAAGGACGCUUCAAAUGGAAGGAAAAGCGCGUCGCCAGGUAGAGGAGGUGGUCUACUUCGCGAGGCAGAGACCAACGAUAUGAACGACGAGCCAAAAAGCUUGUCUCCGGCUUCCAAGAAGGCCAAGAUACGGCCGAGCGAGCGGCUGACCGCCUGCGACGUCUGCGGGGAACCCUGCACGGACUUUGCGGCCGAGCAGUGCUUGUCUCUGGAGCCGGAAUAUAUGGAGUUCUCAAAUGUUACGUUCUCAACUGUUACACGAAUUUGUCAAAAAACAGCAAUAGGGAAAGGGGCAAGCUUGCGAGUCGUGCAUCACAAAUUUGGCCCAGAGUUAGAUGCUGUUUAGCCCUCCGAUAAUUUGUCAUUCGAAGCAGCUCGAUCGUCUGGCGGCUCAUGGUCAUUUUGCAUGACAAAAAAUCAUGUUGUAACAGUUGAGAAUGUAACGUUUGAGAACGCCAUAAAAUACGUACAAAGGAUUGAGCAACUGGACAAAACAAACAUCCAGGACAUGGAACUGGUAUUUUUAUCUUGUUGAUGAUGAAAGAUUUUCUUUAUCGUCCUGGUCAUACUCGUGCUUGUUGUUUCCCUCUUUGCAACAAAUAUGGAUAUCCACUUCCAGCAAACUAACGCCACGACGUGGUCUCGUCACUAUAAUAUUACAAAUACUCUUAAUGAUUAAAGGUAUACAAUGCCACCCUGGAUUUCUUUCACGAGAAUCAUUGGUGCGUCUUCCAGUGCGAACAACUGUUAGGCGAGUACUACACCGAGACCAGAAAGGACCUCGGUGCCUCCAUGCUCCACCAGCGCAAUCGCAUCUCCUAUCACGAGCGCACGUUUGGGCGUCCCUCGUUCAUCUGGGCGGGCGAUCUCGAAGCCCUCGCCGACAACCUCCAGUCGAUGGCGCAGCCCGAGACCGGGGGCACUAAAAGUGGCGGCAGCUCCCCGUCUGCCGGCGGAGCCAGCUCUCCGAGCCGCGGGUCGAGCGCGAAUCCGCUGAAAAGUGGCAAUAGUAGUUCUCAAAGCUCGCCGGCGGACAAGGGGAAAAACAACCGCGAGCGACUUUCCCGACUGUCCGAGUGCCUCACUCUGUACCGGAAAGCGCAGUCGCAGUUUGCCAUACUGUGCGGCCCGAGCCACCCCUACUCGCUCGCAACGCAAAACAAGUGGCAUUCCGUGCAACAUAGGAUAAACGCACUAGCAGCGCAGCACGCGGCGAAAAAAGCAGAUGGGGUGCCGGGAUAAAAAAUGGAAGGCAAAAUAAAGUUGGAGACGGAAGAACGCAUGUGGACCGACUCCAGAGCAGUCCGCCUGGUCACGAGCCAGAGAGUAUCAGAUCAUAUCAAACAAAACAAAUACCGGAGAACUUUCUUUCACCCGAUCAUGCUUUGUCUGGGUAUAUUUCGCGCACCGCAUAUAUGACCGUGACCCAGCAACAGCAUGAGCAGGUAGAACUGCUCACUUUUUUUAUGCGCAACAAAAGUGUACAAAAUAAAAAUUUGGACAUAGCAGGAGUUUUGUAGCGCCGCCAGCGCUUCGAUGCUGUUUUUGCGACGAGCACACGGCUUGCUUCUCAUGCGCGAGAUCGGGCAAUGUGCACGUGCUGACUGUGAUAACCGUUGGUCCUGACUUCUUGUUUUUGAAGCAGAGCCUUUGCUCUUGGAAAAUCAGUCAUCAAAAGACACUGGCUUUCUAAGUUGCGGCUCUUUAUAAUUUCGCUCGAUGAUAAUAGACAGUGCGCACAUAUUUUCUAUACCGAUACCGAAUUUAGAUUUUACAUUUUGUAUACGAC